AUGGAGAAGGAAAAUAAAAUAGGAAAAGCAGAACUUGUAAUAUGGGUAAAAAAAUUACUCAAGAGAAAAAAUUUUGAUUUCAAGGAUCUGAAAGAUGGAACUGUCUAUUUGGAACUAUUCGAGUUUAUAUGGCCACAAGUGAUGAAAAAAUAUAAAGGAUAUAUAAAUUUAAAACCUAUGACUGAUGAGGAUAAAGCCAUAAAUUGGAAAAUUAUAAAAAAUGUCCUUAAUGAUGUACAUAUUGAUUGUAACUUUAUAUAUUUUGAAAAUUUUGGUAUAGAAAAUUUUAAUAGCUCUUACCAGUCCUUAAUUAUUUUAUUUUUUCUUUAUUCUUUAGUUAAACAUCAUGAAUGUGAUUUUAUUUUAGCAUACCCUGUUCACAAAAGAUUAACAGAUUUUAUGGCAAGUGAAGAACCAUUAAGUUGCCUUGUAAAGGCUGGUAGUGUAAAACUUCCUAAGGAGAUGAUGGAAAAUUAUUCCAAUUAUCUUCAAGUAAAUAAUACAACAAUAAAAACUGAUCAUGAUAAAUAUAAUUUCUAUACAAAGAAAGAACUAUCUACAUGUGACACCUCCAAAUGUACACGACAAUCCCAAUAUCAUCAUCCUGUUGUGAAGGUAUUACAAACACCCUCUAGCAUAAGCCCAACGUGGUUAAAUUCGUCAAAUUCAAAAGAAUUUGUUUCAACUUCAGUAGAUACCUGUGACGUGAAUCGACACAUAUCAUUUGUAAAUCAUAAAAAUAAUAGUUCUCUUUCCAUGAUCAGAGGAAGUUCUAUUGGUAGGGGUAUCAAUGCUUUUGAAAACUUCUCUCGUGGAACUUUAGAAAGAAGAGACAUUAAUAUAGCACCAGAUGUCAUGAAAAAGCAUGAAAAUGAUGACAUACACAAUAACCCUUUCUCUGUAACAACAAUGACAAAUGAACUAGAAUUCGAAUACGAAUACGAAUACAAAAAUCAGAUAUGUCAAAAGGGUAUAGACAAAAUGGACACACAUGAAAAAGAAGCCAAAGAAAAAGACAUAAGCAGAAUGGACACACAUGAAAAAUACAUGGGAUGGAACUCACCUAGAGGCAUUAACAGACAAUAUGAGAAUUUUGAGAGAAAAAACACAUCAUACAGUUUUGAUAAAAUCUGCGUUCCUCCACGCAGCAACUUUUUUAAGUACUUCAAAACGAAAGUAGAUCCAACUGCAAUUACAAAAACUGAACCCUGUGAAAAGAGUAAAAAUGUAUUGUCUUCUAUUCCCACUUUACAUUUUUCUAAAUUUCCAAAUAUAAACGGCAGGAAUUAUUUAGAUGAUUCUAAACCUACAUGCGCUAAUCUAAAGAAAGGAACAGAAGCAUGGUGUCAAACAGAUGUUGAUCCUGUUCUUAAUUUCUUACUCAACUGUGAUUACUUGAAAACAUUAGAAAUUAUAUGGAAUGAUAAAAAUCAAAAAAUAAAAGGUGAUUCUUUCAUUUUUUUCUUAAAAGCACAAAUCAAAGUGUAUAAGAAAGAACUGCAUCUAAAGGAGAAAGAAUUAGAACUAGUUCAACAAAUAAAAAAAAAAGAAAUGGAAGAUACUAAAGCAGUAUAUUAUACUGAACUAACGAAGCUGCGAGAGAAAUAUGAAGCUGAAACUUUUUGCAUAAAACAGAAACAUUUAGAAAAUAUUGCUACAGUGAGGAAACAUUUCGAAUCCAAAUUAAGCAACAUAGAAGAAGAUAUAACAUUAGAUUUGGAUAUCCUCAACUGUCAAAAUAAAAAUUCUCAUCGCCCACAUGUUUUUGUUGAGCAAUUGGGAUGGAACAAAAUACAAGAAAAUGAGAAAAGUGACCUCAGUAAUAAAUCUACAAAUGAAUCCACAAAUGAAUCCACAAAUGAAUCCACAAAUGAAUCCACAAAUGAAUCCACAAAUGAAUCUACAAAUGAAUCCACAAAUAAAUCCACAAAUGAAUCCACAAAUGAAUCCACAAAUAAAUCGACAAAUGAAUCCACAAAUAAAUCGACAAAUGAAUCUACAUAUAAAUCUACAUAUAAAUAUAGACAAGAUACACAAAAUGCACCACACAGUGCAACGCAAAACGAGGAUGCACGGAUCAAGUAUGACGAGGAAGAUAAAUACAUGCACAAUUUUUUAUUCGAGAGUUUGUAUUUAAAUGGACUUGAAAAAAUAGAAGACAAGGAAAAGGAAAACUAUAGUGAUGACAUUUCGAAAAAGAAGAACAUCUUAAAUAUCAAUUACCAGGUUCAAAGAAGUGCAGUUAGUGAUCAGGUGGCAAAUGCAGCGCAGAGGGAACUAUCGAGGGAAAUGCCAGGAUUGGAAUCAAACGAAUCUUUAAUAACGACUCAAAGCAUAGGUAAACAGAAUAUAUCAAUAUCCAAGUAUGAAGACAAUACAAAAAUGAACAUCCAGUCUGCUAUUCAUAAAAUAAAAUGCCUUAUGUACGAAAAAAACAUGGAACAUGCACUCAAUAAUGAACAUAUAAAAGGAGAAAUAAUAACUAUGAGAAAUGCAGUAAAUGAAUUCAAGUGUGAAAAAGAAAACGAAUUUAAUUUAUUAAAAGAAAGUAAUCAGAUAAUAAAAGAACUGUUGCAAUGGAUUGAUAAAGAUAAAGAAAAGGUUAAGGAUAAAGAUGUAUCCCCUAAAGGCAACGAUACCAUUUCAUGUAUAGAAAAAGUGCAAAAUGGAAUAUAUGAGAUGAUAAAAAAUAAAAAUUGUUCCAUGAAAAAAGAUGAAGUGAUAAAAAUACUUGAUGGCAGUUCACUAAUUCGAUUGCUGAUCCAUGUGGUAUCCAUGCUAAAAUUAGAAAGAAUAAAAUGUCAAUUUAUGGAAAUGCAAAGAGGAAAAAGUGCUUGUGUAGAACAUUACAUGGAUAAUGAAAGGGCAGGUGCAAAACUAACGCACAGAAGGAACGAACAAAUGAACGAAAAAACGAGCGAAAAAACGGGCGAAAAACAACCUGUUGGGCAAGGAGAAAUAGAAGAGGAUACUACCUUUAUGCUUUAUGAAACUCCUAGCAAUGAAAUAAAAAAAAUAGAGAGAGAAAUGGAAAUCGAGGGAUACAUAAAAAAAAUUGAAAAAAAAAAUAAAAGACUACUGUGCAUUAAUGAACAUUAUAAGAAGAAAUUAGAACAUAUGCAAAUAUGGACAAAAGAUCUUGAAAAAUUUAAGUCAAAGUGUAAAAAAUUUAACACUCAAAAUGGAAGCCAUACUUUUGCAAAUCAGAUAGGUGCAAGGAUUAUGCAAGAAUUCCCGACAACUCUUAAUUUAAAUAACUUUUCAGGAAAGACGAACUCAUUAGCACUCAUCACCCCUGGACAAUUUUCCACCAAAAAAUCGACUGAUGAAAAAUCGUCUCCAGAUAAAAAUCAUCCUGAACGUUUCUCAUUCGAAUCUACAUCGUCUGUCCCCAUUUCUUCACUUCCCUGUGCACAACCAUUCCUGUGGUCAUCAGAAUUUUAUUUGAAAUCCUUUGAUGAAGAUAAUGAUAGAGAUGUACAACUCAUGUAUCUUUUGAAAAUUUUGGGUAGAUGUGAAGACAACGAAGAUUCAUUAAUUUUGCAAAAUGGAGAAUCAUUGAUGAGAUGCAAAGAACAUGAUAAUGGAAGUGAGGAAAAAGACAACAAAAAAGGAAAAGAAAGAGUGGGUUCAGCAAACUUAGAUAACGAAUUAGAUUAUUACAGUGAAAAUAAAAUGAAACAAUGGUGUGUUACAGACGAAGAAAUAAUCCAUGGAAGAAUAUUCAAUUCGAAAAAACAAAAUAAUUUGAAUGCUUUUCUUUCAACAAGUCAAGGUGAUCUCAAUAAAAGUUGUUACACUCAAAGGCUUUUAAAAAAAGAAUUAACAUACAUGUUUUGGACAAUCCUUGGAGAUAUUUACAAAUAUAGAAAUAUUAUACUAGAAGCAUGUAACUAUAUGUACAACUUCAACUGUAUGAUGAAUAAGUACAUUUUAAAAAAUGAAAAAAUGAUUAAGGAUGAAAGAAUAAAAUUUCAAAAUGCAUGGAAUGAUAAAGAAAAUAUUUAUAUAGCAGAAAAAUAUAAAUGGAGACAAAUCAUUGGAACAAACAAAUUGAAAAUGGAAAUGUAUAAAGACAAAUAUCUUGAAUUACAAAAUGACAAUGAAAAGGAAAGGAAAAAUUUCCUAUUCUUAACCAAUCUCUGUCACGAACAAGAAAGUGUAAAGUAUAAAAACACGAUUCUCAAACUUAGGAAAGUGGAUCACAACUAUAAAAUACAAAAAUUAAGAGAAAAACAAUGGGUUCAACUCACCAAAUUGCUUAUAACCGAAUUGAUAAAUUCAUCAGAAAGUAAUCAAAAUGAGAUUAAAAAUAUGUGGCUGGAAAUUAUUGCAACCAUGCAAAUAAACUGUGAAAAGGAGAAUCUGUCUAGAGACACUUACGAGGUCAACAAAUCCAAUGGAUUAAGUUGGCCCCAAUUCAAUGAUGAAUACAUAUCUAGUAAUGCAUAUUCAAGUGAAAUUGUAAACAAUUCAAGUUUGACAUCACUAAGGAAACACAACAUACCUGAUAGAGAAAAUCCACAAAAAAUUCAACAAGAAAAAACAAAUAAAAUGAGGAAAGAAAUAAUAAACAAAAACACUCCAAAUGAAAACAUCCAAAUAAGUAAAACAAAUCUUAACCACAUUAAGAAACAAAUUAGUACCACAAUCGACUCACAAAAAAAAAAAAAAUUAAGAUCUUCAUCAAACAUAUGGAGAAAAAAUAUGCACACAAAAGAGAGAAAAAACAACAGGUACUCUAAAAAUAAUGCAAUGAAUAAUCAUAAUUCUAGCUCUUCCACUCCUGUGAACCAUACAAAAAAUAAUAAAAAUAAAGAUGAAAGUAUACGAAGCAAAACGAACUAUUACAAAGACGAUUGUUUUAAUGAAAUUCAAUCGAACUACUACAAGAAGGAUUUUAAUACAUUCUUGAAUUCUGUACAAAAUAGCCAUAUUUUUAACACCUCUUCUAUACAUGAUGCAGAUGUUCUUGAAUUUAAUGAAGAGGUUAUUCCUGAACUGUUGAGCAGUAAAGAAAAUUCGAUAAAAAGUGAUAGUCAUAGUGGAACUGACAUAAACGUGAAUGAAGAACAGUUCACCAUUCAGCAUGUUUCCAAUACAGCUUCAAGCGGUGCAUCUGCAGUUUACGAGCGGUUGGAUGAACCAGAUGAAAUGGAUAAGAAUCCAGGAGCUAGUGAAAAUUGGGUAACAACAUUGAGACUUAUGGCUAAGGAGUCGUGCAUCAUGUUCCAAGGUACUUUAGAGCUAAAGGAAAAAGAGAUAAUUGAAAAGAAAAAAAAAAUUUAUUGCCUGGAAGAAAAACUAAGAGAAAUGAAGAAAGAGAAACAGAAUCAGAAAAAUCAGUACACAUGUCUGGAAGAACAACAAAGUGAUUUAAACAAUAGGUUAAGCUCUUUUAGUGAUAUAAUAUCCAAUUUAAAUGAUCAAAUAUUCAAAUUAAAUAGAGACAAAAUAUAUCUUGAAAAUAGAAAUUUAACAAAGCAACAAGAACUGAACACCAUUUUAAGAAAUUAUCAAAAUACGAUAAAAUUAAUAAAAAAUCAAUUAAAAAAAAAUCCCUCUGUGUUGUUCUUAUUAGACACAUUAACUGAUGCUGAUAAGGAAAUCAUUCUAGAGUUGGCAAACGAAAAUGAAAACCAUGACGAAGAAGACAUCACCUUUUCUCUUCACAUGGAUAAUAAUACAGGAUUAACAAAAAAAAAGAAUUCUGCAAAUGGACACAUUGAAGGAUUUAGGAGUACAAAUGAAGCAUCAAAGUUGAUGUCCAAUUUGAGCGGAAUAAAAAUUUCAACACCAGAAGCUGAUAAAUGUGAAAAUAGUACUGAUUUUUCUCUGACCAAUUUUAUAAACGAUAUCGGAUGGGGUAAUUAG